GUAUAAAUAACACUGUUUAAAGGUACGUUAUUUUCUCUCUUGUUCUAAGGCUGCUUCUUCCUCUACUCUAUGCAAUCCAAGAGAGAAAGAAGGGUUUUUCUUUCGGAGUCUUAUUAGGUUUCUUUUUUGCUCUUAAGAAAGUUUCUUCUUGUUGUUAUCGUUUUGGAGGAUUAUUUUACGAGUUAGAGACUUUCCGAAGAAUGGACAAGUUCUUUAAUGGCCUCCCAUAUUUUGGGAAUUCCUCUGGGUCUGGUCAUAGCGUGGAAAACACAGGGAAUACCAACAAUCUCAGCAACAUCCCAGCAGGGAAAAUCACUGGAUUGGCUUUGUGUACCAGCCCUGCUUCAGUGUUUACUAUGUCAAACAUAUCGCCAACUGGCAAUGAGUCAGUGGUUUCCAACACUUCUAAUGACACCAAGCUGACUGAACCAGCCUUCGGUACUACAUCCACCUUUCAGAUUGGCCCGACCAUGAGUUCAACUCUUGGACAGGGACAGGGGUAUACUUUAUAUGGUGCGUCCACACCAUUCAACUCAUGUACUACAAGUAUUCAAACACCUAGUCUUGGUUCUGCUCAACCCCCUUUUCAACAUACUUCUACAGCAGCGUCAGGAUUUGCUUCUGGUUCGUCAAGCGUGUUUUCUUUUCGCCCUAGCACUGUUUCAUCAACCAAAUUGCCUACUGCCCAUGAGUCAGUGGUUUCCACCACUUCUAAUGGCACCAAUUCAACACUAGGUGUGUCCACUGCUCCCCUCUUUGGUACUUCAACCACCCUUUUUAAUGGCACCACUUCAUCACUAGGUGUCUCCAUUGCACCAGCACUCGGUACUAUUCCAUCGUUUGCUCCUUCAACAACCACUUCAUCACCAUUUGUGUCCACUGCGCCAGCCUUUGGUACUAUUCCAUCCUUUGGUACUUCAACAAUCUUUCCGAUUGGCUCGACCAUGAGCCCAACGUUUGGUGUGUCCGCACCAUUCUCUGGGUUUGGAGUAGCUAGUCCCAUGUCCAUCAACAUGCCAUCCUUUAGUACUUCAACCUCCUAUCCAAUUGGCUCGACCACGAGUUCAACAUUUGGUGUGUCUGCACAAUUCUCUGGGUUUGGGACAACUAGUCCCGUAAUGACCAACACGCCAAUUAGUCCUUUAUUUGCACCAGAAUUUGGGGCUACAACUUCCCCAGCACCUCUUUUUGGCCCUGCUCAGUCCUUUUAUCAAUAUACUCCAACAACAACAGCUAGAACCAAUCUAUUAGGACGUCGAUAUACUCCUACCGUAGCAGAGCGUGAAGGAUCAAGUUGUGGAGGGUGUGCUUGUAAUUUAAUUUCUAUAUCGGCUAUGCCCGCAUAUGAGAAUAAAAGCCACGAAGAAUUAAGAUGGGAGGACUGUCAGCGGCAGCUGCAUAAAGGAAUCGGGACUUCAAGUACCCCAACACCUAGUUUUAACUUUGGUCAACAUGCUUCUACAACAGGAAUUGGGACUUCAAGUACCCCAACACCUAGUUUUAACUUUGGUCAACAUGCUUCUACAACAGGAAUUGGGACUUCAAGCGCCCCAACACCUAGUUUUAGCUUUGUUCAACAUGCUUCUACAACAGGAGCUCCCAAUUUUGCUGGCCAGAAUGGCCAUGGUGCUUCAGUCUUUGGAGCUACAGCUGGUACUUCCAACGCUUCCUUAACGUUUGGUCUACCGCCUUGCAUUUCAACAAAUACAUGUUGCUUGCACUCACCUGGGUCUUUUCCACCUGCCUCCAUCCAUGCCUUUGGUCCUGGAGGAGCAACUCAUGCUCAUGCCACAAAUGAAGCUUGGAGACAAAGUUCUAUCCCUUCUGCUCACUCAAACAUUAUGGGUAUGCCUGUGCCACUGGUGGGAUAUGGACAGAAUUCAUUUCCGGGCAUCAUGUUGAUACUCCAUCCAGUGGUUUACAACGGCCAAACAACUACUAGCUUUUCCGUACUUCCUUUGUCAGCAUUUUCCUCUUCCAUGGCAAACUUCUCUCAUUCAUCAGCAGGAGGGUCAAAGGGCCAAGCGGUUUCUUUUUGCUAAAAAUUCCGGCCUUAAGGUAUAAUUAAAUGUCAGGUUUAUACAAUCGGUCCAUUAAUAAAACGAAGUCAUCGCAUAUUACAACAUCUCGGAUCUUGACUUUGUCAGCAAGGCUUUGUGCCGCGUCCAACCAGGUGUACUCGUCCCGAAGAACAGCAUAACCAGACCAAGACCGCAAAUUCAGCCGGAACCAAAAUCAGAACCAGUCCUAAUAUUUUGAUAAUUUCUUUCAACUUCCAAGACUAGUAAAUACGACUUUGUGCGCAUGAAUUCUUGUCAACAUGAGCUCCCCAGAACUUCCUGAUUUUUUUUUAUUUUUUUUCUUUUUAUUUUUAUUUUUUCAUCCUUCUGGUUAUAUGUUCUGAAAUUAUCGGCAUGAGUAACAUGUUCGCUGCUCCAAUUUUUCAAGAUAUAUACUUGUUUCUGUUCGCUUACAGCAUAUGGCCAUGUUACAUAAAUGGAGAACUAAGCCAGUCAAAUUAUGCGAACUAUUAUAUCUAUAACCAUGAUCAAAUGUCAUAAAUGGUUUUAAAUUUGAUACACUUUAUUCUUCAAACUUUGAUGAGUAGCCUAACUAUACUUUAAAAUAAAAACCAAUUAUAUACAAUUAGAGCCUUUUUCUUUAAAAGUUGAAAAAAGAAAUCAGAAACAUAGGCAUUCAGAAACGAACAUUUCACAAACGGAUCGAGCGAAGGGAUAAGCUUAAAAUGGAAAGUAGUUUAUUUUGGCUUGAAAGAAAGUCUUUUCUACAAAGUGCGGUUCAUCUGUUAUUUUUUCCUCUUCUGUUUAAGACACAUAGAACCCAUAUGAUAUGAGUAAUGAAUCCACUUCACACAUUAAUGGAGACGUCACAUCAUUUGCGGGAAUGUUUGGAAUUUUGUGUUUGUUGGUAAGCUAAAGAGAUUUGGUCAAGUAACACAGAAAGUUCAAUAAGAAAAAGGGGCAGUCCUAUCCCAACCCUAUUUCUAGAACAGUGGCCACAAUGCAAGCAUGUGGUCAGAGGUCCUUCAAAAGCAACAAGACUAGACUCCUAAUCAUUUUAAGGUUUGUCACAUCAACAACGUGGCAAUAAACCUCAAUACAGAGAAACUAAAUUGCAUUUGCAACUUUGCUAUGUAAUGUACAGAUUCAAUAAGCAUGGAAAUUUUCCCAGAAACAAUGGCAAAGAACAGUCACGCCGAAACUUAAAAAAGAAAGGGGAAAAAAGAAAAAUGGAAAAAUACA